AUGGCGCGUUGGAACAAGUCGAGCCCUAUCUUCCAGAGUCUGGUCGUCGGUUUCGUCCUAUUCGCCUGCCCUGGGCUGUAUGGGGCUAUCACAGGUCUGGGCGCUGGUGGUGGAAAACCCUCGUCUGCUGUGGUAGGAAACGUCACCAAUUGCGCCCUUUACGGCGUCUAUACGUUCUCUGCUUUCUUCGCUGGUUCCGUUUUGAACGUUUUCGGGCCUCGUUGGACUCUUGCCCUCGGAGCCUUGACAUACCCUCUGUAUGCUUCCGGCCUCUGGAUAUAUGACCGUACCGGAUACCAGGCCCCUCCCAUCACGUUCGGCGCUGUCCUCGGUAUAGGUGCCGGAUUCUUAUGGACGACCGCAGGAUUUGUCCAGUAUUCAUAUGCAGACGAAAAACAUAAAGGAAAAUAUAUCGUCCUGCAAUGGAUAAUGGUUGCCGCAGGUUCAUUCAUUGGCGCAGCUAUCGAGUUCGGUGUCAACUUUCACAAAACAGAAUCCGACACCGGCUCACCUACGAGCGUCUACCUCAUUUUUAUCAUCAUAGAGCUCGUGUCCAUCGUGUUUGGCAUUUUCUUCGUCAUUCACCCAAAGGACCUGGUGCGAAAAGACGGAACUGGUAUCGCUGUGUUUAAACCACGCGGCUUUGCAGAGGAAGCUCAAGCCUACCUGAAACUCCUCUGGGACUGGAAGAUCUGGAUGCUCUAUAUCGUGGGCUUGUCCGCGGAAAUGUGUCUUUCUUUCCAGUCUACGAUGUCUGCGCACGUCUUCAAUCUUCGUACACGGUCACUCGUCAAUCUUUGUUUCUGGGCGGUCCAGAUCCCCGCAACACUCGCCCUCCAGCCUAUAUUCGAUGCAGACAUGCCUCGUCGUAGGCGAGCCUACAUCGCCGCGACCUAUGUCGCCGUCAUCACGCUUGCGAUCUGGAUCGACGAGACAAUUUGGUUGACUGGACCCAACAAGAUCUCGGUGAAUGAUGACGCACUGAACCUUGACUGGACAGAUGAUUCUGCUCUAGUUGGGCCGUUGUUUUCUGGCUAUGUCUUAUCAGGAGUGAUCUAUGCAAUCUGGCAGAGCGUCGUCCAAUUCGUGAUAUCUACCUUAUCCAACGAUCCCAAGAUCUGUGCGCGCUAUGCUGGAAUGUUCAAAUCCUCCAUAUCGCUCGGCAUGACAGUCUCUUUCGGUGUGACCGCCGCUGAGGUCGAGUUUCUUCCUCAGCUCAAGUGGCAGUUCUCGCAGCAGAUGAUUUCCCUGGUCUUUCUGUUUGUUGUCUGCUAUUUCGUCACGGAGACCAACUACUACCGAGAAGACGAUGUCAUCGUGCCGACAUACGUCAACGAGAUUCUUCACGGACGUGUCGACCUGGAGAGGCUGCAACACGAGGCGGCUGCUCAUCAUGGCGAGAUUGUUGACGAAGAUAGCAAGGUUGAAGGUUCUGUUCACAAGAUGCCGGUGGAAUGAAGUUCUCAGACUGGAGACUGUUGGGGAGUGUUCUUAGUUUUCUUGUAGUAAAUUCCUUGAUCUUCCAAUACUACCAUUGUCCCUCUACCGUUG